AUGGACCAAGGGAUGCUAGUCCUAGGCAUUCAGAGAGGCUCCGCGCCCGCCAAUGUCCCAAACAGGACUCGAGCCUUCUACACGGACCAAAUCGACGUAGUAAUCCCGCCGAACACGCCGCUGAGGGUGGGCGAGAGGGUGAAAAUCUACACCAUCGAGCAAAUCAGCGACCCCUUCGGGCGUACCCAGGAAAGCGAGAGCGACAGGACGUACCAGGCUGAACCGCUGGGGGUCGUAGGAAGGAUCACUGGUGUACGGGCGAUGGAACGGGAGACCACUGAGUUCAUCGUCAGCAACGAGAACCCCCGCUCGGCGACGGCCUACGUCUACCUCACAAUCCAGCACGUGCAGGGUGAAACCGUCGACUUCGAGUACUGGAGAAGGAUCCUGAGGUGGCUCAUGCAGCCGAUGCUGGCGACGACGCGCCGUGUCCCGAUGGAGAGAGGGGCGCUCGUCCUAGACAGAGAGGACCUCCCGAGCACUACAGAGGACAGGGCAGAAUAUGGCGACUCGCUGGGAGCGGACUAUGAGUAA